AUGGCCUACACAGGUGACAACAUCGAGAAACAGCUGGCCUGGCUGCAUUGCAAGAAUAUUCCAACAGAUGUGAUGCGAUCAUUGUGCAAAAUGGAAAACAGAAAGACUUCUUUUCAAAGAACUAACGAUUCAAUACUCGGGCAAUUUAAUUUGUUGUACCCCUAUGAGAAUGAUUCACAAUCCAGUGUAUCGAAUGUCAGCAGCUGCCAGCAAAUCUGCUGUGAUCAAACUAAAUAUAGAGAUCACAAACGCACCAACUGUCUAACAACUCCAUUUUGCAAAAACCCAGGGGUCAUACUAUCAGAUGCAUAUAUAAAGCGUCGCGCGAUGCCACUAGAUUCUGAAGAUCACGAACAAUCCUUGCAUCAGAACAGACAAAAUAAUGCCUGCCUUUGUGGGUGUUGCUAUUACUCUCCGUGCGAUGUGCAUGUUCCCAUAACCGAGUCAGCCAUCAGAAUGCCUGUAUAUUGUGUGUGUGACGAGCCGCAGCAGGAUGAAGAUUCACAGAUCAGUUGUGACCUCAAUACGGUCUAUGAGAAAAUCAGAAAGUUGGCAGCCCUCAGGAGGCAUCAGUCGUUGAAGGCGGGUUGUUACGAGCCAUACCUGGGAGUUAACGAAGGCCUAGAGUGCCCUUCAGUUCUGUCUCCCCCCACGGAGCCUCCCCACACGAGAUGCCUGGUUCGAGUCAAGCCCUAUAAGAGACAUCAAAUGUACCAGCACAUGUGGAAAGUCCAACCAGCCAUCGGGGAAAAUUUCCGCUUUUCUCUCCGUCAGAAAGUUCGGCAAAAAAUGUUGAUCAAGGAAGAAGCUCAGCUACCUCACAAGAUGUUUGUACCCAACAUGUACAUUGUACCAACUGUCAAACCGAGAUACGAACUCCGGUGGAUUGUCAGAAAAUGUAAUCACGACUAUAAACUGCCACCUUGUGGCAUUUUCCGCAAUGAUUUUUAA